AUGACGAUAAGUGGGGGCUCAUCAAAAUUUCUGUCUAAGAUGGGACUAAAAGGCCACAUUUCACCAGGAAUGAGGUGCCAGAAAUGUCUUGAAUAUGGACAUUGGUCAUUCCAAUGUAUAGCGCCGCGUAAGUUUGCAUAUAGAUCUUCAAGAUCGGAACUUCUCGAGCGAGCGAUGAAAGAAAGGGCAAAAAAAGCGAAAGUGCUUAAGGAGACAUUAACAAGGAAGAUGCAGCAGGCAUUGGCAAAGAAGAAUCCAGAAAAAUCAGCAAAGAGAAGCCGGAGUUCUUUGAAAGAGAAAUCUUCCAGCAAAUCGAGAAAACGGAGGGACAGUUCCAGUAGCUCCAGCAGUUCAGAUAGUUCAACGAGCAGUAGCAGUAGUAGUAGCAGCAGCAGCAGUAGUAGUGACGACAGCAGCACGAGCGAAGAAAGUAAUUAAGUAAACGAAUCUUAUAUAUUAAUUCCACUUAACAAUUAAUUACUUGAUUUUUUAAAUAAAACUUGCACCCUAAACCAACUUUUUUUUUAUUUCAAAUAAAACAAACACCUGUUUUAACAAAUAUAUUUAUUUAAAAGUGGUUGGAUUUACUGAAAACAUCGAUCUGAACUGGAUGCUCAAAACUUACUUGUCACAAUGUGGUUGUUAGUAUCGUUUUAUGUAUGGAGUGUGAAGUCAACUUUUCAAUACAGUACUUUGUAUUUGUUUUGCUGCCCUACAAACAAUUAAAUAAAUCGGACACGUGCCAAGUAUAGAAG